AUGGUUAUGGAUAAAAGGAAUGUUCUUUGUGUUGCUGAAAAGCAUGAUGCUGCUAAAAAUAUUGCCAAAUUUUUGUCAAAUGGAUCAGCUAGAACAGUUAAAGGAAAAGGCCCUUACAUUUACAAUUUUCUAUUUGAUGCAAGAUUUCUAAAUGGCAGUUUCAAUUUUGUUUUUACCAGUGUUCGAGGGCAUUUGAUGAACUUUUAUUUUCAUCCGAGGCAUAAAGUUUGGAUUGAAAAUCAAAUUUAUGAUUUGUUCGAUGGUGAAAUUCUGCAAUCUGUUAUGCCGGAUAUGAAACCGGUUGAAGAAAAUUUGAGAAAUCUACGCGUUUUAAGGGCAAGAUUUUCCGAAAUAACUCAACAGUCGGUUACAAGAGCAAUGCAGAAUCUCCAAGUAAUUGAUCGAAAUAAAGUGUCUGCUGUUGAUUGUAGAAUGGAAUUGGAUUUGAGAAUAGGGGCGGCAUUUACUCGACUUCAAACAAUUUCUAUUCGAAAAAAUGGAUUGCAUACAUAUUUAAACAAUGGGGAAGAAUUUGAAAACAAACAAGUCGUUAGUUAUGGAAGUUGUCAGUUCCCUACUUUAGGUUUUGUUGUUCAUCGCUACAAAGAACACACAAGUUUUGUUAGUCAACAAUUUUGGAAAUUGGUUGGUACUGAUGGAAAUAAUAAAGGAUUCAUUUUUGUUUGGGAAAGAGAAGGUCUUUCUAUUCAUAUUUUUGAUGAAAGUGUUGUACAGGCAUUAAAAUCAGCAUGUAAUUCUUCAAACAAACCUGCAAUAGUUAAAGAAAUUGUCCAGAAGCCAAAAAGCAAAUGGAGGCCGCAACCAUUAGACACAAUCCAACUGGAGAGAUUAGGCAGUAGAUUUCUUAGAGUAAGUGCCAAACAAAUAUUGUCUUCAGCUGAAAGAUUAUACCAAAAUGGAUUCGUUUCCUACCCCAGGUAUAUUUUUUGUUUAAAUUUUAAAAUCAGAAAAGGAUUGAAAAUUAAUCUUUCAUUUCUUGAUCGCAUUAAUAAUUUAAUAAUUUCCUUCCUUUUCAGAACAGAAACUAAUUGUUAUUCAAAUGAAUUUGACUUGGCAACUAUUGUGCAGUCACUUACUCAAAACAACCAGUGGGGACAAUUUGCAGCAGAAAUUCAACAGCGAGGUGGGCCCAAACCUCGUAAUGGGACUAAAAAUGAUCAAGCUCACCCACCUAUUCAUCCUGUCAAAAAUGCAACACGAACUGAAAUCACCAGUAAUGAGGAUUGGAAUGUUUAUGAAUUUAUUUGUCGCCAUUUCCUUGCCUCCGUAUCUCGAGAUGCAACUGGAAAUGAAACGAAAGUUAAAGUUGAACUUGCUGAUGAAAUAUUCGUAACAACUGGCUUAAUUAUCGAAGACAUGGGAUACUUGAACGUUUAUCGUUAUGAAAAUUGGAAAGAUAAAAAUAUUCCUGCUUAUCGUCAAGGACAAAUUUUGCCUAAAUUUAGUGUAGAUAUAAAUAAUGGAUUUACAGAGCCACCACCUUUACUAACUGAAGCUGAUUUAAUUGCUUUAAUGGACAAAAAAGGAAUCGGAACUGAUGCAACACAUGCAGAACAUAUUGAAACAAUAAAAAAGCGGUGGUAUAUUAUUCAAAGGCCAGAUCGGCGAUUUGAACCAACCAAACUUGGAAUUUCUUUGGUUGAUGCAUAUGAAAAAAUGGAGCACAUGUAUAAAUUGAGUAGGCCUGAUCUUAGAGCAAUUUUAGAAGCAGAUUUGGAAAAAAUAUGUCGAGGUAUUUUUUUGACUUAUUUUUUGGUUUAUUCGUGA